AGGGUGGAGGACUCCACGUAUCGCGUUCGUUUAUUAGUGUCCGCCUGAAGUGGCUCAAGUAUUGGGGCGAGUGGUAAUAUGGUGUUUAUCUAGCGAUGAUUGGAGUGUGACAGCUACGGAGUGGGCGGCGGCGGCGGCGGCGGCGCGUGGUGGCGGCGAUCGAUACCGCGGCGCAGGCUCUCGGGCCCAGUCGCAGCUGUGCUCAGUUUUCCCCCACAGGAAAACACCUCCAAACCUGUUUCCUAGAGCUCCCCGUGCUGUGAAGCUUCCAUACCCCUCUUGGAUAUGUUUUGAGGACGUCGGCGACCCUAAACGAUGUGAUGUCGGGCCCUCUGCUGCGGCCGGCCCUGUGGGCGCUGGUGCUGGUGAGCUCACUGGCGCCCUCGCUCGCCGAUGGAAACAUAGGUUGUCUGUUCAGCACCAGCCUGUGUGUUGAAGGAGUGGAGUGGUGCUAUGAUGAUUACGCAUUUGGGAAAUGCAUACCCAUUUACGAAGAGGAGCCGGAGGAUGGCUCGCUGUACCAAUACGACAUGAGCAGCGCCGACCUACAGUGGUUCGAGUCGGAGCUGCAGCGGCUGGUGGCGCGCGGGUACCGCUGGGAGCACGCCUACACGCAGUGCGUGCUGCAGGCCAUGCUGUACACGCGCAGGCGGGAGCUAGACCCUGCGCAAGUGAACAGGAAGAUUUGCGACCACUUCGCUGAUCCCAAACUGGAGAUGACCGCGGUCGAUGAACCGGAGGCGUCCGAUGAACGCACUGAAACUGAAGUUGACCCUGACGCUACUGCUUACAUAAGAUUCACGCCGAACUCUGCCGUGAGAGAAACUGACUACGCUAACGAGAUCUACAACCCCCCUGUCGACGAAGAUGAUUUGAACAAUUACAUACCACCACCAGAUGCACUACUGGAAUCAAACGGACUUCUGACUCCCAACGAAGACCCAAGCGACAAACUACGCAACUACAUACUGAUGAAGGAAGAAAGCGAACCCCCCAUGACCUUCGGAGGGUUCCGCGAGCGACUUCAGGAGGAGAAAGAACGGGACUUUGACGACAUGAUCGAAAACGAAAAGAAAUCCUUACCCAUUGAAGUACCAAUCAACGACGACGGCGAAACAGACGAAGACAGACUUAAUGCGCACUUCAGAAAGAUGAAAAACAAGAUUGUAGUCCCACCGUUUACAGCCGAGUACAUAACUGGAAAUAGAUUCUCGCCUCUUGACGCAGAAGUGAGGUCAAAUGCACUCGAGAAGUAUAAACAGAGUUUCGCCGAGAAGAACUUUCCGUUUGAAUAUGAGAAUCCCGAUAACGAGAUCCCGGAACCUCGCGUGUACUUCGAAGAUGAUGUCGAGAAUUAUGGAGUGGACACAGGCAGCGGGGAGUUGGAUCCUAACCAUUAUAAAGAUUUGUCAUCCAGCGAAAAUGCAUACCAAAAUCAGAAUAUGCAGUAUCUGAUUAACUACUGGAAAAUGAUUGAGUCGAGACUUAAGCCACAAGAGACUCUGUACGCUGAAGGCGGCCCACUCAAAAUGGACGAUCUUCAAGAUGCGAGGCGUGCGUCGCGAGAGCGUCACUUAGACGCGGGUGUUACAAAUGGCGACGAUGAUGUUUCAGAUGAAAAUUCCAAAUUUUCCUCGGAUGAGUUGCAAGAUUUACUUUAUAAUGAGUGGGGCUUUAAGCGUAGGGAACGGGACGAUGUUAAAAAGCCCGGGCCACGGCUGGACGCGCAGCAUAUAAAGUUUUUGUUCAGCAACAAUGUGUCAGGAGAUUCAGGUAACGCACAGAAGUUGGCUGCUAAAGGUGGAAACCACGACCAUAGUUCUUAUGAUCACGACCCUUCGUAUGCCUUUGUGAAGUUUAACAACAGGUUUGGUACGGAUUGGAAAAAGGGUAUCGAGUUCAUAUCCCGCAUUGAAGAGUUGUUGGGCCUAGAGAAAAAUACUCUGACCAACCCACGAGUCGACCCUAACGAAGUGACGUUCAAAGUAGAGAAGAACAGUAAAGGAUUGGAGGCUGCCGAUGUGGCUAGACGAGUCUUGACAGACGAAGUGAGGGAGGAGCUGCGCAGACAGACCGGCGCCGUGGUCAGUGGCUCAGGUGUUGGGGACAGGAGCAAGCGCCCGAUGGUGAUCCCAGUGAACCUAGAAGAGCGCAAGAUCCUGGGCCUGCAAAUCCCGGUGCUCCUCUCCCUGAUUGGCUCUCUGACGGUGUUGGCGGCGGCGGGCGUGGUCUUUGCACUGCUGCUUCAUAAGGACUCCGCGGCUAAGAGGAAGCUGGCGGGGUUGACGCGCGCCGUGGAUGGGGAUGCUGAGGCCACCAAUGAUUAUCAGGAGCUAUGCCGGGCCCGCAUGUCCGGCAAAUUCUCCGGACAACAGACGACCACCACCCCACACCCGGCGGAACAGCCGCCGCGCAUCGCCUCGCUGACCAAGGAAGCUGAGAACAACUCGCCGUCUACGCGAUCCAGCACGUCUUCUUGGAGUGAAGAACCAGCUCUGACCAAUAUGGACAUUUCCACCGGACAUAUGGUUUUGGCCUACAUGGAAGACCACCUACGCAACAAGGACCGUCUAGAACAGGAGUGGCGUGCCCUGUGCGCCUAUGAAGCCGAGCCCUGCGCCACCACCGCCGCUCUGAAACCUGAGAACAAGGGCAAGAACAGAUACACUGAUGUCCUGCCGUAUGAUCAUUCGAGGGUGACCCUGAACACGCUGUCUAACCAUCUGGGAUCGGAUUAUAUUAAUGCUUCGACUAUUACGGACCACGACCCCCGCAACCCGGCGUACAUCGCGUGCGCGGGCCCGCUCGCCGCCACGGCCCCGGACUUCUGGCAGCUGGUGUGGGAGCAAGGGUCGGUAGUCAUGGUGAUGCUGACGCGGCUCACGGAGAGUGGUGAACAGCUGUGCCACCGCUACUGGCCCGAGGAGGGCUCUGAACUGUAUCACAUCUACGAGGUGCACCUAGUCAGCGAGCACAUCUGGUGCGACGACUACCUAGUCCGCAGCUUCUACCUGAAGAACCAGCGCACGGGCGAGACGCGUACUGUGACACAGUUCCACUUCCUGUCCUGGCCCGAGAACGGAGUGCCGUCGUCAACUAAGGCACUGCUGGAGUUUAGGAGGAAAGUGAACAAGUCGUACCGCGGAAGAUCAUGCCCCAUCGUGGUCCACUGCAGCGACGGCGCAGGGCGCACCGGCACGUACUGCCUGAUCGACAUGGUGCUGAACCGCAUGGCGAAGGGCGCCAAGGAGAUCGACAUCGCCGCCACGUUGGAACACAUCCGCGACCAACGCCCCAGGACUGUGGCUACGAAGAUGCAGUUCGAGUUUGUGCUGAUGGCUGUUGCUGAAGAGGUCCACGCCAUCCUGAAAGCCCUGCCCGCGCACCUGGCCCAGCUGCAAGAGAAGAAAGACAAGGAGAAAGACAAAGAGAAAGAGAAGGAAAAGGACAGCAACGAGAGAGAGAAGUAGAGACCGACCCCACGACGCCGCCCGGCCGCAUUGUUCAACGGAUUCAAACGAUUAUAUUUAAUAAAUGUUUAUGAUUACACAUACGGACCUCCUUAGUGGGAAUCUCGAUUUAACCAUAGACGUAGAAGGUUAUUACAUACUGUAUAAGUUAAUCUAUCUUUACGCAUAACAUAAUACAUACCUAAUUGUAAUAUUGUAUUGUAAACUUUUCGCCAAAUCGAAAAGCUGUAAGAUCAACACCACUAACUUAAUUUUUACACGAGGGAGAGACAUAUUUAAUGGAUUUAUAUUUAGUCUUCGGUCGAGGUUCUCAACGCGGAUGGAUUUAUUGCGUCUAUUUAUUUAUGUAUCUUUAAUGUUAAUGCUUUCUAUGUUUCUGUAUACCUACUUAAAUUAUUGAGUUUUAUGGUAUAGGUACCCACGAGCUAUAGCUGCUUAUUUUAGUUUUUGAACGAAACUAAACUACAUAAUACAUAUUAAUAGAGUAGUCGCCAUUUCUGAAGCAGGCAUUUAUUUUUCUAUACGGCUUUAUAGUCUACGGAUAACUACCUAACUAUAUUUUCAUAAGGCAUAAAUGCAUAUUUAAUAAGUGUUAAUUAUUUAAUGAGAAAUUAGGCAUUGGUUAACUGUAUUCAUCUAGGUACUUAAAAAAAGCUAUGGGCAUCUUAAAACACUUGACUGUAGGUUACUUUUAGUUUAAAAAUAUUCGAAAAAUUACGCACCAUUGCAUUUAAUUUGAAAUUUAAUGUAUAAGACAUUAUCAUUAACGUAUUUACAUAUUUAUAUAGAAAUGUUAGUCAAUUGUUAAGGUGUCUAAAUAUAAUGAUUAUGGUUUGCUUAACUUCCGUUUAUUGUGUCUUAAGUUUUCGUUUUAAUUGCUGUUUGGACACACUGAAGAUAAAUUUAUUAUUGUAUUGUUAUCUAUAUAAUAACAUCUGGGCACUGUUACUUAUACAUGACCAAAGUUUUAUGUACUUUUAGCUUGUUACAUGUAUACAUACUUACCUUGAAAAUAUUUAUUUCAAUUGUUUUUAUACAACACAAUUGUAUUAUGCGCAUGAAAUGUGCAUUUGAUUCUCUUUCUUCUAGUCAGCCCUGAAAUAUUUACCUGUAAUGUUACACAUUAAGUAUAUUAUUCAAGACAAGGCCUAUGUAGGCAGAACCUAUCAAUAUAUUUGAACCUUUUGAACUAAAUUCUUAUACAUAGGUAUUUUACGUUUUGUUGAAUGAGUUUGUUAUUUCUACCAACAUAAUUAUAAUUACUUAUAAUGAAAUUGUAGAUAUCAUCCAGUAACCACUCAAGUACAAACAAUCACAGAACCUUACAAAGUCUUAACAUAAUCACAAAUCAGAGGAUUGUCUAUUCUUAUAAUAAGGCAGAUUUUAGUGUUUCUAAUUUUAUUAAUGCUGUAUCUAUCUAUUUUUAGUUCUUGCACGAUAAAAUCAUGUUAGUCUAACUUUUAUAAAGACGAUGUCUUCAGCCAGUCAUAUCCUUCUCAAACGGAAUACCUGAUAACAUUAAAUCAAAUGGAAAUAAAUUGUUAUACAUAUUUACAGCAUUAUAGCAAUGUCAUCUCCAUACGUAAGAAUACACUAUGUGUGAGGUUUAUAUAAACGUUACUUAUAUACUUGACAUAUUUAUUGCAUACGGGAAAAUGUAAAAAAAAUACCCACUAAAUUAUAAAGUGUAGUCUACCUAGAUUAAGAGAAAAUAUAUUUAACCGUAUUUCUGUAUGAAAUUAUAUGUAGUUUUUAUGUGGGUGAUUGAA